AUGAGGAUAGUCUGUAUCAGUUCUUAUGCCUUUCAACGUCCAUUCUUUGAAGGAUUUAAAGAUGUCACGAAAAGAAUAAAACUAGAGUUUAUAUCAACAACACUCACUAACAGUACUUAUGAACAAUUUUCUCAAAAUCCUCAAAUAUUAAGUGAUAAAACACUAGUUGUCAAAUUUAACAACAAUUAUUAUUCUUGGUCUACGGCUGCACCAAUAAUUGCUUCACUUUUGAUUUUCAAGAAGCCACUUCCAGAAUCGACAAUGGCAUCAUUGGCUAACAAUAGAUUAGAACCUGAUCGCCGGAGAUAUAGUUUAAGGGAAUGGAGUAGAUGGUGGAGUCGUUCUUCAAGUAUAGAACGUCCAAUAAAUAAUAUUAGGGAUAAAGAAAAAGCCAUACAAGAAACUGAAAAGGAUCAAAAUAAAUCAAAGAAGUUUUAUGCAAAAACUUUACGUCUAACUUCAGAUCAAUUAAAAAGUCUUAAUUUGAAAAAAGGGAUGAACACUAUUAUAUUUUCUGUUGCUUCUUAUAAAGGAAAAGCAACUUGUGCUGCUAGAAUUUUUUUGUGGGAUUAUGAUACUAAAAUAGUGAUCUCAGAUAUUGACGGAACUAUCACAAAAUCCGAUGCUCUUGGUCAUGUAUUUGCAAUGAUUGGCAAAGAUUGGACACAUUCUGGUGUUGCUAAAUUAUACAGUGAUAUAAGAAGAAAUGGUUAUCAAAUUUUAUAUUUAACUAGUCGUGCAAUAGGACAGGCAAGUUAUACUAGAGGAUAUUUACAAAAAGUUGAACAAGGUAAAUAUCAACUACCAGAUGGUCCUGUCAUAAUGUCACCAGAUCGAUUAUUAACCGCUUUUCAUAGAGAAGUGAUAAUGCGAAAACCAGAAGUUUUUAAAAUGUCAUGUCUACGUGAUGUUAAAAAAUUAUUUGAUGAUCAUAAUCCUUUUUAUUGA